AGAACGCAGGUUUUAGGACAGGUGUCUUCACCAAAAGGCAGCACAUGUACUUGCCUAUCAUCGUAGUGUAGUUGAUCUGACUAAAUGCGUGGAGGGACGCCCAUGCACAUUUUAUCGACGUUAUUAUGUCAGAAAGCAGGCCAUCUUUUGAUAUAGACUAGUUAUGGGGAUUGGGUAUGCCUGGGUGGUCUUGUUGCUGGGACUGAACGUCCUUCUGGUACCGGGAACAAAACUUCACAGCGACAGAGUAACAAAGUAUGUCCCAAGGGAAAGUUUAGAAUACGCAAGCCAAGGGCCGCAGACCACGCCUCGGUUGUUUGAAGGCGACAUUGCUGGCUUUAACCCCUUUCACCGUAAUGCGCUUGCGGACUCGACCAAACUCUGGAGAGGCGGUUUUAUACCAGUCAAACUGGACCAGACCCUCUCAUCCAGAGAGCUGAUCAGCAUCCAAAAUGCUAUGCUCACCAUAUCACGACAGACUUGUAUACGCUUUAUGCUGAGAACCAACCACCCGGACUUUGUCUUUAUACGUAAAAGUAAAUCAAAAUGUUACUCGUUCUUUGGCCGAAAAGGCGGCAAGCAGGAUUUGAACCUGACGUCAGGGUGUCUCAGGUACGAGCACCUCAUCAUACACGAACUUAUGCACGCGCUGGGGUUCGUGCACGAGCAUAGUCGUCCAGAUCGAGACCAAUACAUAGACAUCCACCCGGAAAACAUUCGUCAGGGUAAUCUGAAAGAUUUCGAAAAAUUGCCGGUGUUUAUCCUGUACGACCUGGGAGCUCCUUACGAUGUAAAUUCCAUCCUACAUUACGAGAAAGAUGCCUUCUCAAAGAACGGAAAGCCAACCAUCACCCCCAAAGACCCAAGCGUUACCCUCGGAAACACACGCAUGUCCACCUGGGACGUGGUCAAGAUCAACCGCCUGUACAGGUGUUCUGGUGACCAGUACGAUAUUGCAGGGCCCAAGAUGCCACCACCACCACAUGAUCAACACCAGAGCCCAGCACAUCACGUACCACCAGUCGGGAGUCUCUUACAUGGAGUUUUGUAAAACGCAAUUUUAACUAAGUAUAGACGACUAAAACAAGU